AUGGCUCACACGGAACCAACUCUGCCAAACGGCCACAGGUGCCCACGCACGCCCCAGUGGGCUGCAGCCGCCCUGCGCCGUUCCGAGGGUCGUCGGCGCCUCGAUGUUGCCCAAUUCCCGGGUAGCCCCCAAUUCCCGGGUAGCUCGCCACAACCUCAAUUCCACUACUACGGCCGCCACAACGCUGCUGCGGCGAUGCACGACCGGUUAUGGGGUAAUCCGA